CCUCCUCCAGCGUCGUUGCCGGUUGACAGUCAAUCAGCAUAGUUCAACCAUAGAUUAGGAGAAAGUAGCGGGCUAAGUUUAGCAGAAACAACCCUUCUUUUGCCUUAUAGCUGUGCAGCUUGACCAGAAGACCCGAUAAUGAGUCACCUGAAAGAGCGCUUCGUGACUCUGCUCCAUGAGAAGAACUUUGUGACAGACCAGUUGGAGAAGCUGGAGCAAAAAACCGGAGUGAAAAGAGAGUUCAUCGCUUUGGGUGGUUUGGGUUUCGUUGGCCUCUACCUUUUGUUUGGAUAUGGAGCUUCACUUCUCUGCAACCUGAUUGGCUUCAUCUAUCCGGCGUACUUCUCCAUCAAGGCCAUUGAAAGCAAUAAUAAGGAGGAUGACACACAGUGGCUGACCUACUGGGUUGUUUACGGACUCUUCAGCAUAGUGGAGGCCUUCUCUGACAUCUUCCUCUUCUGGUUCCCCUUUUACUAUGCGAGCAAGUGCAUCUUCCUGAUCUGGUGUAUGGCGCCGGUCACAUGGAAUGGCUCUGACGUUCUGUACAAGCGUGUGAUCCGGCCAUUUUUCCUGAAACACCAGGCUGCCAUGGACACCGUGGUCAAUGAUCUGACUGCCAAGGCUAAGAACAUCAGCGAGGUAGUGACAAAGGAAGCUGUAAACCGGGCCCUCAACCAUGACAAGGAUCAGUGAAAACCCUGAGAAGUGUGUGUGUGUGUGUGUGUGUGUGUGUGUGUGUGUGUGUGUGUGUGUGUGUGUGUGUGUGUGUGUGUGUGUGUGUGUGUGUGUGUGUGUGUGUGUGUGUGUGUGUGUGUGUGUGUGUGUGUGUGUGUGUGUGUGUGUGUGUGUGUGUGUGUGUGUAUUUGUUGUUUCACCUUUUGUUUGUCCUCGACUUUUCAUGGUGGAUGAUGCUGAUCGACCUGCACUUUACUCCGGAACAUAAGAAGAUUGUUUGAGCGUCCAUGUCACUUCACUGCCACCAGAACGGAGAAAAGAGUCGGUUAAAAAUGUGAUUUUUGUGUGAUGCCGUUACUUUUGUUGUACUGUGACAACAGAUGAAAAAGUAGCGAAAAUUAAUUCAGUUGUUUAUUUGCAAGUCCUAGCCAGACUCCGGUACGUGCCGAUACGUGUUUAUUUGGCUCAUUUGUGAUGGUAAAUGUGUUGUUUACGAUAUAUUCAGCCUUUAUUAAACAUUUGAAUCUCAAUCUAAAGUAUCUAUGAAGAAAUAAACUCUGACAUCUAAGGAAAUGUGAAGAGUUGGAAUAAUGGAAACGUGUUUUAAUGUUCCUGCUCUUAUAAGCCUUAUUCCCACAUGUGCCUGGAGGAUACACAUUGGGUAGGUUAUCAAUCUUUAAUGGUACCUGGAAAACUUCUAUCUUUUAAUUUGUUUUAAUUUAUUAUUCCAUAUUGAUUAAAGAACUGGAACAGUGACAAUCUAAAACAA